AUGUCAGACUACCAGAAUCCUGCUAGGAACAGCGGCAACGACUUGGACUACGAGGCUUUGGGCAAGUUGACUCAAUUCAAGGCGUUCAAAAACAACCCAGAAGAGCUCCAUCGUCACGAGCCUGCGCUGCUGAAAGAGUUCUACGCGGUUUACUUAGCGGACCAAGCCCUGAAAGCAGACGCACACGCGCAGACCGCUGGAUCGGGUUCGUCGAAGCUAUCGCAACGUGGCGAGCACCUGGCGAUCGAGCAAUGCGACAUCCAGGCGACUCAGCAGCUUAUCGCAGCCAGAAACCAAGCAUCGCAAGCGCUAGACCAAGCUCCAGGGCCUCCAAUCUCCGUCCAAGCGCAGACACCCGUGGCCGUGCAGGAUGUGCACGAAGACAUGAACAACCUCACGAGAGAGGUGGACGAGCGCAAGAAAAAACUGGUGGACCGGGAGAAGGAGGUGGCUACGUGA